AUGUGUUUCCUGCUGCCGGGCGGCGCCUUUGGCAGGCGGAUGGCUGAGCCACCGCGACACCUGAGUCACGCCGCCAGCGGCACGGACGACGGAGACUGCGACGCCCGAGUAGCUGAAAAUAGAUUCGAGACGGAGGCCCGGCCCUUCGUCGCCCACCGGCAAAUUGUUCGGAGGGCGGUGAUGGCGACGGUGGACGCGACGACUGACCCAAAGGGCGCUACGCUCAGUGUCGAAUGGGGUGAACGAACCGUGCGCAACGGCUACUCCUGCGUGCCAGUGGCGCUGUCGGAGGGGCUGGACAUCAAGCUGAACACGGCGGUGCGCCAGGUGCGGUACGGCCCGCACGGCGUGGAGAUUGUGGCCACCAAUUCCCGCAACCACAACAACCAAGUCACAUACAAAGGGGACGUGUGCCUGUGCACGCUGCCGCUGGGCGUGCUGAAGCAGUCGACGGGCGCCGGCGCCGCGGGCGCGCCCAACACCGUGCAGUUCUCGCCGCCGCUGCCCGACUGGAAGGUGGCGGCCAUCCAGCGCCUGGGCUUCGGCAACCUCAACAAGGUGGUGCUGUGCUUCGAGCGCAUCUUCUGGGACCCCAACGCCAACCUCUUCGGCCACGUGGGCAGCACCACCGCCAGCAGAGGAGAGCUGUUCCUCUUCUGGAACCUGUACCGCGCGCCCGUGCUGUUGGCGCUGGUGGCUGGGGAGGCCGCCGCCAUCAUGGAGAACGUCAGUGAUGACGUCAUCGUAGGCCGCUGCAUCGCUGUGCUCAAGGGCAUCUUUGGGAACAGCGCGGUUCCACAGCCAAAGGAGACGGUGGUGACCCGCUGGCGCGGCCGACCCGUGGUCGCGGGGUCGUACUCUUCGUGGCCGUGGCUCGUCCGGCAGCGGACUACGAGACUCCUGGCGGCGCCGUGUACCUGUGUUCAUGUAGUUUGUGGAAGGGGACUGAUAUUCCAGUCACAUGAAUGUGUUCAUUUUAAUUUUGUUUGCUUGUUUUGUUCUGCUUUAAUAAAUAUUCCAUGUGCAGCCAAAAGAAGUGUUUUAUUAUUUAUUACCGGAGACAAAAAUAAAUUUAAUGAUGCAAUAAGAUUGCAGUUUCCUUACUCCAUUGUCCUCUCAAAUAAAUAUUAUGAAAAUAACAGAGAUAUUUCAUUUUUGUUAAUUUUUUAUUGA